AUGUCGGUCCAGCAUCAGUCUCUUAGUCAGUGGGUGACACAGCUCAACGACACAUUAUUUAUUCAACCGAACGACGAAAUCGCCCUCAAGGCUGUCCAUGAGCAAGUUGAUCCAAGCUUAAUAGUCAAAAUCAACCACAACGUCUACAGUUACGACCAAUUUAAAACAGGCCUUCAAUACGCCCGUAGUUCCAGUAUAUCGAUCCAAGACGACUUUUCAGUGAUACUCCAAUGGGAGAACCCGGGGAAACUAGACGGCGUGGUGGCGGUUUUGAGCAAAUGGACGUCCAAGGAUAAGACAACUGGCAAUGAGAUCAAGAAGACCACUGUUAUUCUCUGGGAGGUCAAGUGUAUUGAUGGCAAGAGGAAGCUUACGGGGCAGACGGAGGUAGAGUCUAUGUAG